GGCAGCCUCCUGCUGGGAUUUUCUAGACCGAGCUGGGAGGUGUGGUCUGUGGAAAAUCUCCGGAGGGGAAGCGCGGGUCCUGGCUGCAGGGUGGCCUGCCUGGGGCGUCCCCCAGGCCCGGCAAGGGGCUUACCCGCCACCGGGGAGGCCCAGCUUUUGAUGCAGCUUGAGCCACAGCCGGCGAACAAGAUGGCUGUAGAGAGACCGGCCCGGUCCCUGAGCCGGUGAGGGGCGAGGCGCCCGGCGCCCUGAGGCCCAGAGAUGGGGAACGUCACUGCGGAGAACAGUUCGCUGUGCGCCAUUGACCACACCAUCCACCAGACUCUGGCCCCGGUGGUCUACGUCGUGGUGCUGGUGGUGGGCUUCCCGGCCAACUGCCUGUCCCUCUACUUCGGCUACCUGCAGAUCAAGGCCCGGAACGAGCUGGGCGUGUACCUGUGCAACCUGACCUUGGCCGACCUCUUCUACAUCUGCUCGCUGCCCUUCUGGCUGCAGUACGUGCUGCAGCAUGACCACUGGUCGCACGGGGACCUGUCCUGCCAGGUGUGCGGCAUCCUCCUCUACGAGAACAUCUACAUCAGCGUGGGCUUCCUCUGCUGCAUCUCCAUCGACCGCUACCUGGCCGUGGCCCACCCCUUCCGCUUCCACCAGUUCCGCACGCUCAAGGCGGCCGUGGGCGUCAGCGCGCUCAUCUGGGCCAAGGAGCUGCUGAGCAGCGUCUACUUCCUCACGCACAAGGAGGUGGUGGAGGACGAGGACCGGCACCGCGUCUGCUUCGAGCACUACCCCCUGGAGCCAUGGCAGCGGGGCAUCAACUACUACCGCUUCCUCGUGGGCUUCCUCUUCCCCCUCUGCCUGCUGCUGGCCUCCUACCGGGGCAUCCUGCGCGCCGUGUGCCGCAGCCACGGCACCCAGAAGAGCCGCAAGGACCAGAUCCAGCGGCUGGUGCUCAGCACCGUGGUCAUCUUCCUGGCCUGCUUCCUGCCCUACCACGCUCUGCUGCUCGUGCGCAGCCUCUGGGAGGCCAGCUGCCAGUUCGCCAAGGCCGUCUUCAACGCCUACCACUUCUCGCUGCUCCUCACCAGCUUCAACUGCGUGGCCGACCCCGUGCUGUACUGCUUCGUCAGCGAGUCCACGCACCGGGACCUGGGCCGCCUCCGGGGGGCCUGCCUGGCCUUCCUCAGCUGCGCGGGCCCCGGCCGCGCCCGGGAGGCCUACCCGCUGGGCGCCGCCCAGGCCUCGGGGAAGGGCGAUGAGCCCGAGCUGUUGACCAGGCUCCACUCGACCUUCCAGACCCCGAACUCGCCCGGAGCCGGGGGCACUGCUCCUUUGCCAGAUGUCCCACGUCUGCACGUGGAGAGUGACAGUGGGCCCCAGGGGCCGCAGGUAGCCCAGCGUACUGACGGCCACCUCUCUGCCAUCAUCUUCUGUCCCAGAAGCCUCGGCAUCGAGACUUCAAAAAUGCCAGGGGAUGCUCUCGAGACCCCACAGGACAUGGAGCUCUGCAGUCACAUGUCAGGGACCAAAACUGUCACUGGAGGAUCCCGGGCCCUCCGUGGGGGGGAGGGGGUGAAGCUGGGGGCCUGGAGGGACUCGGUGAGCUGUGAGAAGCUGCAGAUGGAGGGAGCAUGA